CGCAAGCCCACAAGGUCAGAUUGCACAAGGAUGUUUUGCCGCGCUGUCGCCGUUGUCCGCGCCGGGAGCUGCCACCGGCGCUUCGCCUCGUCGUCGUUCAUCGACGUCUACAACGAUGUGCGCAACCACGCCGAGACGCACCACACGAUCAAGGUCGCGCGGCUCACGCAGCUCUUCAAGGCUGCCGCCACGAAGCGCGACGUGAUCGACGCGGUCCAAGUCCUCCGCCUUUUUGAGACGCGGUAUAUUGAGCCUGUCCAGGAAACCGCGGGCGAGUUCAUCAAGAAGUGCAUCCAAGUCGACGCGGGCGACGUGGCGCUCAAGGUGUUUCAGAACCACUCGCGCCUCGGGCUGCACGUCAACACGGGCUCGCUCAACAAGCUUCUCGUUCACUUUUACGACAAGAAGGAGUUUAGCAACGCACUCGACUUGUACCGCGAGAUGCAAGCGUACGAAGUCAAGUUCAACAAGGACACGUACAAUGUGGCGAUCCGCGCGCUCUUGGAGCUCGAUGACGUGGACGCGGCCGUUCAGCUGCUUCAGUUUGCAGCGUCCAAGAACGAGGUCAAGCGCUACACGUGCAACUACGUCCUCAUGGAGCUUGUCAAGCGCGGUCUCAACGACAAGGUUGAGAUCGUCGCCAAGUGCAUGACCACAUACGGCAUCGCGGCCAACGACACCACCAAGCACCUCGCUGGCCCAACAUCCGACUAAGUACAGACUGUACCAACGACUACCGUAAUUCUAUCCCUCUUUUGGUAUGUGCGGCUAGUACAAGCGCAUGUUACCACAAUACACCGAGCAGAAUCGAG